AGGUACAUCAAAUAACAAACAUUAUGUUGAAAUAAUAACACAGUGAUUUCCUUUCUUUUGAACCGUGCCUCAGUAUGCAGGAAGACCUAGGAGCGUCUUUAGUGCUUGCUGUGAGCUAUUUGCCUGUUGUCUCCUAGGUGAGUGGAUUCUACUCGUAUUUCAUAUACGAGUCGCGUCAAUCAAACCCUUUAUAAAGAUUUAGGCGACAUAAUGAGUCAGACGCUGAAGAGAAACUGCUAACUGGCUAAGUAACAGAAUCCAAUGCUCAUACACAUCGUGUUUGUCGCUGGUCUGGGCUCCCUGUGGGCUAUAAAAUGUGUAGAGAGCUAUGUUGUUAUUUCGAGUCUUGGUUGCUGGAAAGGCUACAUAUCAUCUGUCUCCUCCUCUGACGGCAAAGGUGACAACCAAGACCAACUAUACUUUGUCGCAGCAGACGAUGAACACGCAGAUCCCGAGAAUCUUGUGUUAUUGUGUGCGAGGCGCGCAAAGCUGCUGGGAUACUCUGUAUUCGGAGUUUCUGAUCGCGCAUGUGUCGGUAGUACAUACAUGAAGCUGCUCUAUCGAAAACUCGGCAGAUCACGUGAUUGCGCAUGUGGUUUGGGUAGGCAUGGGGUCUUGGCGGUGUAUAGCUUGGAAGGAAGUUACCCCUACAGCGAGCAGGAAGACUUUAAAAGCACAGAAGUGGGGGGCAAAAGAAGUUUCAUCAGUUAUAAGCCAAGCGUUAUCACACUGGACGGGAUGAAAUUUAGAUUAGAUACUGGGAUAGGAAGACCGCUGUACAGUGGCGACAGGCUCAAACGUAUAGCAAGCAACGAAAAGCCCCCACCCCCACCCCCACCAGGGACGAAUCUCCUAUCAAACCCGCGGUUCGAGUCCCCCCUGACUAGAGACAGCAGAACUGGGUGGAGCUGCCAGGGGGAGACGGAUGACCCCAGGGGAGGGACCCUCUCGCAGUACAGCUUUCAUCACCACGGUUACGGAAACUUUAGUGGAAUCUGUUUCGACCGCGUGGCGGAAUGGGCUGGACCUGGGCAAUACAUAGAGGAUAAAGUGAAGUCGGAAGGUGUAUACGAGUUCAUUGGUUAUACAAGACUGAUAGACAGGGAGAAGACUGGCGACCUUCACAGCCUCGAGCUCUGGAUGCGCUUCAAGAGACGCGGGAAGGACAAGGAGGAAAGCAUGCGAUUGGCCGUGCGAAACAAAUACUUGAAAGAAAAAGGCUGGGUAAAGUGGAAAACCGCAUUCCAGAUGCCGCGGGCUGCGGGCGGUUUCGACUACGUCUUCCUGUUCUUUAUGGGUCCCAAGCCAUCAAUCGAUAUCUUGGUAGACGAUGUGUCACUCAAGGAGGUUCGGCAGCACAAGGACUGGAAGGACCGGACCGACCGUUCGAUAGAUCGCUAUAGAAAGAGAGACGUUAGAAUAAGAAUAAACGUGCCACCAGACAUGUACACGAAGGAAGACUUUCUCAGAAUUAAUAUCAAGGUCAUUCAAAAGAAACACAAGUUCGCCUUUGGAGCCGCAGUAAAUAGUAUGAAACUAAAAUAUAAGAAAUACCGAGAGUUCCUCCUGGAGCACUUCGAAUGGGGAGUGCUAGAGUCGCAUAUGAAGUGGCCACUCAACGAGCCUAAGCCAGGAGAGUAUCACUAUCACUACGCGGAUAUGGCUGUAGCGUGGCUAGAGAGGCACAACAUUUCGAUCCGGGGCCAUUGCAUCUACUGGUCGAUACCAGACAUGUUGCCAGAGUGGCUCCUCUCACUACCUAGAGGCAAGCUGAUGCAUCACGUCAGGACAAGGAUCAACCAGAUCGUGAAACGAUAUCGUGGAAGGAUGCUUCACUGGGACGUCAUUAACGAGAUGUUGCAGGGCUCAUUCUUCGCCGAUCGACUAGGGGGAAACAAAAUUCGGGAAUGGAUGAUUAACAGGACCGCGGAGCUGGAUCCGAAAGCAAAACUAUUCCUCAACGAAUAUGAAGUCAUAAGCGAAGGACAGCUCACACAACCAUAUGUUGAAAUGGCCAAUACGAUUAUCAGGCACGGGAGCCCUGUAGAUGCUCUCGGAGUCCAGGGUCACUUCACUGGUAUGGUCAACCCCACUCUGCUAAGGCUGCGGUUAGACGCUUUAUCCGAAGUGAAGCGACCGAUGUGGCUGACAGAGUUUGACAUUCUUGAUCCGAAUACUGAACAGCGUGCAGACAGUACAGAGGCGGUCAUGCGAGAGGCGUUCAGUCACCCGUCAGUAGAGGGGAUCAUCUUUUGGGUCUUCUGGGACCUGCAUUCUUGGAGAGGCAAGAACGCGGGCCUCGUGGAUGGUUAUGACUUUAAGCUUAACGCGGCAGGUCGUAGAUUUGUCAAGCUUAUGCGCAAAUGGACAACAAAAAAGCGUCUCAAGCCAAUCAGAGAGGAUACUGGUAGUGCAGUAGCUACAUUUCGGGGUUUCCAUGGUGACUAUGACGUACAAGUGACCCUGCCUGAUGGACAGUUGGUCAGAAAGCAAUUUACUCUGGAGCCUGGGAACAAGGCAUUCCGCCUGGAUAUCGAUAUUCACGGACAAGUUUCUAAUCCUAAGGAUGAUACGUCACCAGGAAACGAAGGGUUGGACGAAUUCCUUGGCGAUGCAUAUCACAAAUACAACACUUAUGACGACGAUGAUGAUAUGGAAAUGAACGAUGAUGAUCUUUUGAGCAGAGAUACGAGCAGAGAUACGUCUGGCUUAACUUUUACUAGAAAAUCAAAUAUAUCUGGGAAAAAAAUAAAUUAAAUUAAUCAAGAUGUACUCAUUUAGAUGUUUUUGUUUUUUUUGGUUGGGGGGAAUAGGGUGGUUGUCUUCUACUUUGGGUUAUUGUAAGGAUUAUUGAAAUAUAACAAGCAACAAGACAAUUUUUCUUGUCACUUUUUUUUUAGACUAUUUUCUUUCACAUGAUAUGUGUAUAAUAUUCAACUACGUCCAAACAAGUACAUAGGACUACGGUGUAUUGUAUGUUUCACAAGGUUUUAUAACACAAUCAAAGAGCUGUUACUAAUAGGAUUUUUAACAAGCGGAUGUUCAGGUGAUCAAACACCCGAACAGCUAAAAUUCUGGUGAGCGAAUAAACAGUUUAAGGUCUCGGUAAAGGUAAACGACGUUUCCGAGGAAAAAAAAUAUUAUCGCACCGCAGAUUUCACUACAUGUACAAACUAUAUAUCAAAUAAAAGAUAAAAUAUUGAA